AUGCCAGCACCGCCAGCCUACCACAUGGUUGUCGAUCCAGAAGUCUCCACACCAAACAUGUCGGUGCCAUACGACCCCGAAGAGGAUGAACAGACACAAAGCAGCGAAGACGAAGAGACGCCCGAGAUCACAAUCAACGCCGCGACUCAAAUCCGCGGAAAUGGAAACAUCAUCUCCAUCGCACAAAUGGACAGUGUACGGAUAGCAAACCUCGUCGCUACAAUACUUUCCGGCGACCCUGUACCAUCGGAUACGACCACACCACCCACACCCACAUCGACGCCCCAAGCACCCGUCACGAGUAUCCACUCGAGCCGAACGGAGCGCAAGAAGAAGGGCGGUCUGAAUGUGAACAUCACCGUCAACUGCGGCGCAACCAUCAUCGGUGACCGCAACAUAGUGGGCCCCGGACUGGGUGACAUCGCACGUCAAAUGCAGCUCGCGCAGCGCAACGCCGCCCUACAAGCGCACCAGCAACAGCAACAGACCCAGGCACUCCAGCAACAGAAACUUGCCCAAGGGCUCGCGCAAGCCCAGGCACAGAAACAGGCGCAGAUGAAUUUGCAGCAUAGGAUGGACAGGACGGCGAGUGUGCCAGGGCUGGCACAGUGUCAUCAGAAUCUAUAUCAGAGUCAGGCAGGGUUGGCAGGAGUAGGUCAGGUGACGCCGCCGAUGAGCCGGAGUGGGAGCUUCGGGAGUGAAGAAAGUCCCAAGGGGAAGAGGAAGGCAGAGGAUGAUGCUGGAGAGGGUUUGUUGUUGCUGAAGAGGAGGAUGUGA